UGGUUGACGCACCGACCGACAUCGUUACGUUGCUCCAGCCUCUAUACGUCUAUGAAGUUCUUUCUCGUUUUCAGUGGAGAGAAAGGGGGAGUGCAGAGAUCGAACAAGUGAAAGGGUUGAAAGGGAGAGAGGUCGCUAAACUGCUUGCCAGUUGACAGAACUCUUGGGAAAGAGCGACAUAACUUCUACAGCAGCAUCACCAACAAACGCGGAUUGAUUUUUAGGCAAAUCUACCACCUUCAUCACUGUGCGCAUAACAGGGAAACGUGCUAGAACUACGCGGUGUCAGGCAAGCGAAACGGAGACCCGGUUAUACAAGACUGAGUCUCUCAUUCUUCCUCUCCCAGACAGAGCAGGACCGAGUCAGUUUGUGUCCAUCUAGCCUGUGCAUCGCGAAGAACAGGAAUCAGCCACUACAUAUGCAACCAUUAAGUGCUCUGCUUAUCUUCACAAACCCCUCUGUGGCUCUCACUACCACCCUACUCCCCCCCAGCCCGCUGGAAAAUGAUAGAUGACCAGGAGCAAAGGGAAGAAACAGGUUGAGAAAGGUGUCAGUAAGAGCCAAGACGGAUCAAGGUAUCUAUAUCUGAAGCAAAUCAACUACAAGGAGAGUGUGCAGAAAACCAAUAUCACAACUGCAUCACUACGUCCAUCCUUUUCUCCACACUUCGGGACUGUUUAAAAGUGCUUGAUCCAGGAGAAGAACCACAGAAAGAUAAUUUGUAUUUUGAGUAAAGUAGGCUACGGCGUUUUGGUUAUAUCUUGGAUAAGGAGAUCGAAGACUUAGUUAUGGAAGUCGCAGCUGAUCAAUCUCGUUGGAUGGCGCAUCACCACGCGGUGUUGAAUGGGCAGCACCUGGACUCGCAUCACCACAGCCUGACCCACAACUACAUGGAGCCCAUGGCGCCGCUUUUGCCCCCGGACGAGGUGGACGUGUUUUUGAACCACUUGGACUCUCAGGGGAACCCCUACUAUGCCAAUUCCCGGGCUAGGGUUACAUACAGCCAGACACAUGCUCGCCUUGGGAGUCAGGUUUGCCGGCCACACCUCAUCCACAGCCCUGGCAUUCCGUGGCUGGAUAGCGGGAAGGCGGCCAUCUCUGCUGCCCACCACCAUAACGCAUGGGCAGUCAGCCAUUUCAGCAAGCCCGGACUGCAUCCUGCUAGCUCUGGCUACCCUUGCAGUAGUAGCUCCAAUUCUGCUCCCGUGUCUUCCCUCACCCCUGCGUCCCACUCCAGCCCGCACCAUCUCUACAGUUUCCCUCCUACGCCUCCCAAAGACGUGUCCCCGGACCCCGGCCCUACUUCUCCAAACUCCAACUCUGCGAGAAUGGACGAAAAGGAGUCCAUAAAGUACCAAGUGUCACUCGCAGACGGAAUGAAAAUGGAGGGUUGCAGUCCUUUGCGCAACAGCCUGGCUUCGAUGAGUGCCCAAACACCCGCAACGCACCUCCCUAUCCCGACCUACCCAUACUCUCUACCAACACCACACGAGUACGGCAGCAGCCUCUUCCACCCCGGUAGCCUGCUGGGCGGAUCUUCAUCCAGCUUUACGCCGAAGUGCAAAAGCAAAGCCCGGUCAUGCUCAGAAUUCUGCUCAGAGGGGCGCGAGUGUGUCAACUGCGGUGCCACCUCCACCCCCCUGUGGCGGCGGGAUGGGACGGGUCACUACCUGUGCAACGCUUGCGGCCUGUACCACAAGAUGAAUGGCCAGAACAGACCUCUCAUCAAGCCCAAACGCAGACUGUCCGCUGCGAGACGAGCCGGCACCUGCUGCGCUAACUGUCAGACCACCACCACCACCCUUUGGAGGCGCAACGGCAAUGGCGACCCGGUGUGCAACGCCUGCGGGCUCUACUACAAACUGCACAACGUCAACAGGCCAAUGACCAUGAAGAAAGAGGGCAUCCAGACACGCAACCGCAAAAUGUCCAGCAAGUCCAAGAGGGGCAAGCGUUCCGGAGAUGGCUACGAUGAGCUGUCCAAAUGCAUGCAUGACAGGUCUUCUCCCUUUGGGGGUGGCCCCGGCCUGGCUGGACACAUGACCCACAUGGGCCACCUUCCCCCCUUCAGCCACUCCGGACACAUGCUGCCAACUCCCAUGCCCAUCCAUCACCCCUCCUUCAGCCAUCCCCACCACUCAGGUCGGUCGCCGGCCUGGGCUGAGCACUGAAGCCUCCUGAAGCCCCUGCAUCAGGCCUUGCCACCACUACCACCCCUCCAACUCCAUCACCACCACUACUGUGGGACAACAUAAAGAGGACUGCGUCUGUUUUUAGAAGGGUAAUAGUAAUGGGGAUCAACUGUCAGUAGGACAUUGUUUUGCCUGGCCUCAUUGAGAGAUUGAUGAAGAGGAGACGUGACUGAAGGUAGAGAGAAAGUGAGAGGGUGAAGAGGAAUGUGGGUAUGCUAAGUUGCCCCCUUCAAGUGUGUGGAAGACGAAGACGCAUUGGUGCGAAUGGGGACAUUCAUGGUUCUUUUGCCUUUUUUCUACUAAGUCACUUUGGUACCCCCCCCCCCCCCCC